AUGAUUAGCAACCAAUCUCGCAAGGAUGACGAAAAUGGUUUGCUUCACUUCAUUCCCGUUAGGAAGUCUGAAAUGGAUGUACCUUACGCAGAUCUGAUCAAUAUUGACCUGUCGAAAUGGAAUCAAGGCGCGAAUGCCCAAAAGAAGCUGGCCACCCAGCUUUACACGGCAAUGACUACUCAAGGAUUUUUCAUGCUUACUGGCACCACUAUUACAGAACAAGAGAUACAAAGACAAGUAGACAUCGGUUUUACUGUACUCGAGACAACCCCAUUGGAAGAGAAGCAAGCUCUCGAUGGACAUAUGGAUGUCACCGGUUUAUACCGCGGCUUUAAAUUGAGAAAUUACUAUGAAAUGGAGAAUGGUGUAAAGGAUCAGAUCGAGCAAUUUAACUGGCAACGAGACAUGGAAGAUCAGCCUAUGCCUUCUACCAUCAAACCAUACGUACCAGAAGUCAAGUCUUUCUGCGAACGAGUACAUACAGAUGUCCUCUACAAGGUCUAUCGGCUGUUCGCCAUCGCACUCGAGCUUCCAAUCGAGACAUUCGUGCAGAUGCAUAAGUACGAAGAGAAAGACGAUUCUUGGUUCCGAUACAUGGCUUAUUACGAUGAGUAUAGCAAAGAAGACGAGGCCAAGGUCGGCAAAGUAUGGCUCAAAGGACACACCGAUCACGGUGCAGUGACGAUGGUAUUCUCUCAGCCUAUGUCAUCACUACAGGUGCGAGAUGAAGAGGGCAACUGGCUGUACACGCCCCACGUACCAGGGGGUAUUAUCAUUAAUUGCGGUUCAAUGAUGGAAUGGUGGACUGGUGGUCUUUUUAAAGCCGCAAUUCAUCGUGUGAUGGCCCCUCCUGACGAUCAGCGCAACCACAUUCGAUGCGGUGUCUUUUACUUCUCCAUUGCAAACAACGACGUACGGCCAGACUUGCUAUCCGAGUCACCUGUGUUGCAAAGAAUGGGCCGGAAGUCCAUUUUCAAAGAUGGGAAAAACAUCGAUGCGCGUACUUUCAGUCGAGCGAGAGUGGCCAAGGUAGGCAAAUCGCCAAUGUAUAAACAGAAAUGGGGAGCUGGAGAAGUUCUCGUGGAAAAUAUCGCUGGCGUCGAACUUCCUCAUUUCGGCUAG